AUGGCUUCCGGUUCCGGCGUCUCAAGCGUGAAAGCCUUGUCGGAAUCAAACGGCGGCGCUCUCAUCCCUUCCCGCUACCACACUCUCACCGAUUCUGAAGGUCGUGAUGACAUGGCAGAUGAGCUGGCUGCUCUCAUCCCUGUCAUCGACUUCUCCCGCCUCACCUCCCCCGACUCUCAAAUCCACGCUGCCGCAGUUCGCAAACUCGGCCAAGCUUGCCAACACUGGGGCUUCUUCAUGAUCACAAAUCAUGGGAUUCCAGAGAGUUUAAUGGAACAUGUUCUGGACAAGGCCAUCGAGUUUCAUAAUCUCCCUCUGGAGGAAAAGAAGGAAUUUUGUAAUGAUGACCUGCUACCUUCCAUCAAGUAUGGAACUAGUGCCCUUUCUCGAGGAGUAGGAGGGAAUGUCCAUUAUUGGAUAGAUCAUCUUAAAGUUUACAAUUUUCACGGACAACUCAAUUUUCCUCACAAACCACCUGGUUUCAAGGAGAUUGCUGUGGAGUAUAGUAAGGCAAUCAGAGGCUUGUCGAGGACAUUGCUUCAGGGAAUAUCGGAGAGUUUAGGAUUAAAACCGGAUGCCAUUAUUGAGUACUCAGGUUUUGAUCAUGGGUACCAGAAACUUCAACUGAACCUUUACCCUCCAUGUCCUCAACCUGACCUUGCUCUGGGGCUUCCUCCUCACACUGAUAAUGGCUUCUUGGAUAUCCUCAUUCAAAAUGGAAUCAGAGGCCUUCAAUUGAAGCACAAUGGCAAAUGGGUUAACGUUGAUCCUCUUCCUAAUUCCUUAAUUGUCAACACUGGCGAUCAACUUGAGGUUGUGAGUAAUGGGCGGUAUAAGAGUGUUUGGCAUCGAGCAGUUGUGAAUGAGAAAGAGACGAGAGUUAGUGUUGUGGCAGCGAACGGACCAGAAGCGGAUAAAGAAAUGGGACCUGCACCGGAGUUAUUGGAGAAGGAAAAGCCAUUGUUCAAGAGCAUGACGUACAAGGAUUACGUUCGACUUCAACGAAAGGUGAUAUGUGCUUCUAUGCCAAGAGGCUUGGAAGCUAUUCGGAUUAAUUAA